AGCGAAAGCAAACCGUUAUAUGACCGGCCAAUGUCUGUAACGACGACGAACAGCGGCAUGGCUACUGUGCAGUCAACAUUAAUGUUCACAGUGUGCAUCUUAAUGAUAACAGAACUGAUUCUAGCCAAAAAGGACUAUUAUGAUCUCUUGGGUGUACCUAAAGAUGCAACAGAACGACAGAUUAAGAAGGCGUUUCACAAGCUAGCUGUGAAGUAUCAUCCAGAUAAGAAUAAGAGCCCUGACGCAGAGGCGAGGUUUCGGGAAGCAGCUGAGGCAUAUGAAACACUAUCAGAUGAAAAAAGGCGGAGAGAUUAUGAUCAGUCAGGACACACUGCUUUCUCCAAAGAAGGAACCAGACGAGGAAGUCAACACUUUCACCAGUCCUUCGACUUCAACUUUGACGAAAUGUUCAAAGACUUCGAUAUUUACAGCCAUAACAGGCACGCACGGCCGAAACGCAACUUUGAGGAGCAUUUUAGAGCUCACCAACAAGGACACAACCGCCACAAGAGGCACUUUCAAGGAGCUUUCGGAGCAGGGCUCUUCGAGGAUCUUUCUGAUGACAUGGAGAGAAUGUUUACAUUUGACAGACAUGCGAAGCGGACUGAUGGCGGCUUUCAAAGCGUGACCAAGCAGCACUGCAGGACUGUAACACAGAGGAGGGGGAAUAUGGUCACAACCUAUACGGACUGUACCUCUUCCUGAGGGAAUACUCAUCAGACUCCGGAGAGAUUCUCUGGCUGGAGUCUUUUAUUAAUAUUCAAGAUAUUUGUGGUUGAAUUAGACAUUGAAAUGUAUAAACUCGCUACUGAGACACAUUGUUCAAGUAGUAAUAUACUAUAACAUGAAGCACUUUUAGACAUUCUCAGAAUUUAAUGCAUUUGAUUUGGGUUGUUCAUUACCCAUGUGUACUUUUUGCAUCUCUUUAUGUGGGUGACAGAAAAGCACAUAGUUAGAACACAAAUUCCUUUGGCAUGCAUUAACUGCGAUUGCAUGGCCGAACUGUGAUCAGUGGAGACACACAGUUACAGCAACUAAACUGGUUACGUUUGCAAAAGAUAUUAUUUACAUCGAAAUAAUUAAGCAAAACAUAACAUCUAUAGUUAUGACAGUCAUUGUUUACACAGUACAUGAUUGAUGUCUCGAACCUCAUUUUAUGUGCUAUGUAACAAUACUGCAGUUAGAAUUAGACAUGUUAUUAAGCACAGUAAUGUGCAGAUUGAAUACAGCCCCGUUCAGUUACUGGUGUCAUUUAUGGAUGAUUUUCCAGAGGAAUAAGUUAUAGAUUCAUGGGCUUAUUACAUUUUAACAGAAUAUUGUCCUGGUGAGACUUAAACUUGUCUCACCUUUAGUGUCAAGAGGCCAAAAAUUCUGGCCUACUCAAAAGCAAACAUAUUUACUACAUGGGUGCUCAUGUGUCACAGUGGUACACUACACUAGUCCACUACAGCUGGGAUCCAGGGUUUGAAUCCCCAACAGUGCUAUGUUCGAGGGUGGGGGUUGCUGAGGCCCUGUGAUGGAUUGGCGUUCUGUCAAAAGAAAGAGGUAGAAAGUGGUGGUAAAAGACCAAAAUAAAAUGUUUCCUACAUUUAGGAUGAGGAGGCAGGUGUGUAAACUGAAUAUUUUUGCUUACAACAUUGCUUUAAAUGCUAAAGGUACCAUAGCGAGAUUUGAUCAGACAGAUUUUUCUUUGUGACCCAAACAAAUUCAAAACUAUAGCUAAAGAACUAUGAUCCCUUAUAUAUAUAUUUUAUAAUCUUUUUUGGAGUUGUCAAGUUCAUGGUAUCUAUCAUUGCUUUUCUAAAACAAGGCUGUUUGUGAUGUAAUGGUGCUUAGUACUGACAAAUAGAAACCUCAAUUACUACAUUCCGGAUUGCUGUGUACUACCUGAUUUUACAUAUACUACACACACUAGCACAUGGUGAAUUUAGGUUGCUUGGAGGAAUUAGUUUUUGCAAAUGCUUGUAAGGUUAAAUGCUUGUUUAUUAAAUGGAUUUAUUAAUAUAUUUUAGAGGUGCCUUUUCAAUUGAUCUGGAGUGAAUUUAGAUAGUGUGAACUGGUGUGUGUCUACUUUAUUAAAGUAGAGUUUUAUCUCAUUCCAGCCAUGAGCAGAAUAAUUUAUGUAUCAGAAUAAUUUAUGGAUCUAAUCUUGCCUCAGGCGGUUUGUUUCUUGCUUAAGGCACACAGGUGGUGCAGUGGUAAACUGCAGUAGCUUACUACCGCAGGGGUUCAGGAUUCAAAUCCCCAGUGGUGCAGUCAGUUAAUGAGCAUUUAGAUAUAAACAUUAUUGGCUAUAUCUUAGGGCUGGGGAAGGCCUAGGCCCUGUGAUGGAUUGGCGUCCUGUCCAGGUUAGAUUAAUGCACCUCCAAUCGCAAACUGCGUGUUUGGGUUUUAUUUUUUUAAGCAAUUGCUUAUAGGUAAAAACUGAAUAGAGCUAGCUUUAUCAGUAUAUUGGACACACCACAGGCUUUUGGGUGAUGCAGAAGUCUAUUACACUAGCCCAUCAUCAAAUCAAAAAGUAGUGAUGGUGGGCUAGCAAGGAAAGGAAAGGGGGUUGGUGGCUGAAGCUCUGUGAUGGAUUGGCAUGCCUUUCAGUGUAUUGCUGUUUGCACCCAGUGUUCGAGCCUGUAGCGACCUUGAACGGGAUAAAGAGGUUGUUGAAAAUGUAAAUGAAAUGUCCACACCAGUGAGACACAAAGAAAGGAAAAUACACAACAUUGGACACUGCUUCUUACAAACAUAUUGGGUUCAUAGAUUUAAUGCUAUCCUUCAGAACAGGGGUGGGCAAACGUUUUGCUCACAGGCUACAUUGGGUUGUAGAUUUAACAGAUGGGCCAGGUCAGUAGCAGAUGGGGGGACGAACUAAUAAAAUUACAUAAUAAACACAUUACCUAAGAAGUAAAGAUUACCUACCUACCUUAUUCAAUUUCAGUGAGGUUUAGCAAAGGUCGGUAGUGUUUAGAGUGUGUCAUCUACUGGAAUCAACUAAAACACAUAGUAUUGCAGAAAAACGGAGAAAUUAAUGUGGUCUUUAGAAGAAUUUUGUAAAUAAUCGACAGGCCGGAUUAAACAGCCUUACAGGGCUGUAUGUGGCUAGCGGGCUAUAGUUCGCCCACCACUGUUCUAGAGAUUCUAUUAUACCUGAGUGUAUCUGCUGCUCUGAGCAAAUGUGAACAUCACAGUGAAGAUUCAUCCUAAAAACAUUGCAACAUAACUUUAAGCAUUUUUCUAAAUAUCUCCUAGUUUGUAUGAAACACUUUAAUAGAAUAUGUAAACAUGUCUGGUUUUUAGGAUAAAUCACCUGUGAUUUGUACUUUUUCCUGUUAAAUUGUUCUGUUUGUGUGUCUGUCCACUGUUACUUGUCUGGUCAUUGUUCUGAGUUGGCUCAUCUAGCACUUACAUAAAUCUUGUGGUUAGAAUAAAAAUAUAAACUCUAUUAUUCCCCCUGAAGUUGGGUUAUUUUGUAAAAUACAAUAAAAACAAUGUAUUUGUUGA